GUACAGGUCUCAGCGCCAUUACAUCGAUAAAUGUCAUUGUGUUCGCGUCCCGCGUAACUGGUUUUCCUAGCAACGAAUAAAUUCAAAAUAUAAGAUUGGCCGACAUGUCGAGUAAGCGGAAAAAUCCAGCAAGCAAGAAGGGUCGCGCGAAAUAUAGAAAGACCGAAUAUGACGAAGAGGACAUCUCCAGCGAACACGAUUCGGAUGUUGACGACGCCGAGACCGGCUCGAAUGCCGACGGUGAGGACGCUCCCGAAGAUGAUCUUAGCGAUGUCUCCAGUAUUCCGGAAUUGCCGCCACCUGAGGGUGGGUGGGGAAAGUCUGGAACAUUGCUCAUGUGUGGCCUCACAAACUGGGAUAUGGCAGGUCGUAAAGCUCCACCAAAAGGAGUGAAAUCAACUAAUAUAGGACGUAGUUUGUGGACACCUCAUACUUUCAAAAACUUAAAUGGUGCUAGGGUCAGAUUAGUUGCUUCUGGUCCAGCUGCUUCUCAUAGUAUUAUUGUUACAGAGGAUAAUAGAUGCUUAUCUUUUGGUAGAAAUGAUAAAGGUCAGCUAGGUGUUGGUGAUACAAAACGUCGGGAUGAACCUACAGAAAUCACAGCAUUGAAGGGACAUACAAUCAUAGGAGCAUUUUGUGGUCGCAAUCACACUUUAUUUUUAACAAGUCGCGGCAUCGUUUUUGCUGCAGGAGACAAUAAAUUAGGUCAAUGUGGCGUUGGAAAAUCUGAUGUCUGCAUUGUCUCUGCCACUAAAGUAAAAUACACUGGUCCACCUAUCGUGAAAGUAGGAUGUGGAGCAGAGUUUUCAAUGAUUCUGGACAUUAAGGGUGGUUUACAUUCAUUUGGAAGCCCAGAAUAUGGAGCUUUAGGUCAUAAUACUGAUGGAAAGUAUUUCAUAACAAAUACUAAGAUGGCGUUUCAUUUUGAGAAAGUGCCUAAGAGAAUUGUUUUAUAUGUUGAAAAAGCAAAGGAUAGCCAUGUUACACCAUUAGAUUGCGUUGAAAUUACAGAUUUCAGUUGUGGACAUUAUCAUACCGUCGCAAUCGAUAGUAAAAAUCGUGCAUUUUCUUGGGGAUUCGGAGGUAUUGGCCGUUUAGGUCAUAACGAGCAACGAGACGAAUUAGUGCCUCGUUUAAUUAAGUACUUGGAACCACCUAAUCGUGGUGUUAGAGCUGUACAUUGUGGCAGUUCUUAUAGUAUUGUCAUCAAUGUUCAUGGAUCAGCUUUAAUGUUUGGACAAACAAAACGUACUGGAGAAGCAAAUAUGUAUCCCAAACCAAUUCAAGAUUUGUCUGGCUGGGAAAUUAGAUGCGUUGGGUGUUCUCAAACUAGCGUAGUAGUUGCGGCUGAUGAAUCGGUUAUUGCUUGGGGUGCUAGCCCUACUUUUGGUGAAUUGGGUUUUGGUGAAAUGCGUAAAUCCUCAACAACUCCAAAAGAAGUAAAAGCACUGGAAGGUUUGUACAUUACUGCUGUUACCUGUGGUCUCUCACAUACACUUAUGAUUUGUCGAGAUGAAUCUGAAGAAGAGAACGCUAAAAUUAACAAACUUCAAGUAUAUUCAGUUUAAAUCGUAUAAUUUUUAAUUUGAAUUACACGAAGUAAAUGCUAUCGAAUUACC